AUGAUAGGCACCCUGUCAACUUUUGAUGCAAAAGAGCAGACUUGGGAAGAGUACUGCGAGGUUCUUGAUCAGUUUUUUGAAGCUAAUGGGAUCGAUGAUGGAGAGAAACAGAGGGCUAUCCUAAUCAGCGUGGUCGGUCCAGCAACGUACAAGCUCAUGAGAAACCUGGUGAGUCCAGAUAAGCCAUCUGCGAAAACAGUCGAUCAGUUAAAACAAGUAAUGAAAGAGCACUUCAAUCCUAAACCAAGCGAGAUGGUGCAGAGAUAUGUGUUUGACUCGCGUUCACGUCAGCCUACGGAAUCUGUGAGUGCAUAUGUAGCGGAGCUCAGACGACUAGCUCAUGACUGUAACUUUGGCACUACACUGGAGCAAAGGUUAAGAGAUCGUCUUGUGUGCGGUAUGAAUGACGACCGGAUUCAAAGACGUCUGCUCUCCGAAAUAGACCUGACGUUUGAAAAAGCAUUUAAGAUAGCAGUAGCUGCAGAAACUGCAAGUAAAAAUGCCCAAGACCUACAAAAGGCGGCCGUAGCAUGGCACAUCGCUAAGGCUUGUAGGAAUAAAAGUAAGGAUGAUGCCCGUCCCAGUGAAACCAAAGCACACAGAGCAGAGCGGCGCGCACGCUUUCAACCCCGUCCACACAGGUCACACAACGUGUGUGAGAGACAAAAUGAUGAUGAUAGCUCUGAUGACGAAGAAGCAUUCAUACUGGCAUGCCUGAAUACAGAAACUUCCAUGCAGAGAAUUAAACCAUUCGAAGUCAACGUGGAAGUGAAUAAAAAGAAAGUACACUUCGAAAUAGACACAGGAUGCAGUGUGAGCAUUAUGAAUGAAAAUAAAUUCAAUGAGAUGUGGAAAGAAAAGAAACGCCCCAAAUUAAAUGAAAGCAAAAUGUCUCUGAAGUCAUACACGGGAGAAAAAAUCAAAGUAGUGGGAGUUUCUGAAGUAAAAGUAAAUGCUCAGCAAAUUAAGACAUUACCCCUAGUGGUGGUGAAGGGCACUGGACCUAGCUUGUUAGGUAGAGGCUGGCUGGAGGCUUUAAAGCUCAAGUGGGAUGAAAUUAAACAUGUAAAAACAGAUGCACAUGAGCUACAGGAAGUACUGUCAAAGCAUGAGGAUGUUUUCAAAAAAGAACUUGGCAUGUUAAAAGGCAAGAAGGCAACAAUCCGUGUGUCUGCGAAUGCCCGUCCAAAGUUCUAUAGGCCCCGCUCAGUUCCGUAUGCCAUGAGGGCGAAAGUAGAAGAGGAGAUAGAUAGGCUCCUGAAAGAGGACAUCAUAACACCUGUCAAAUACACUGAGUGGGCAGCGCCAAUUGUUCCGGUGUUGAAGCCGGAGGGCUCCAUUAGAAUAUGUGGCGAUUACAAACUAACAGUAAACAGCGCCUCCUCACUAGAGCAUAGUGUAGAAGACCUGUUCAAUACACUGGCAAGAGGGACACGGUUCUCCAAACUUGAUUUAAGCCACGCCUAUCAGCAGAUCGUGAUGGAUGAUGACUCCAAGAAAUACCUAACGAUAAACACACACAGAGGCCUUUUCACCUACAAUAGGCUCCCAUUCGGAGUUUCAUCUGCUCCAGCCAUAUUUCAGAGAACAAUGGAGAGUUUGUUGCAAGGCCUGCCCGGAGUAGCUGUUUACCUUGACGACAUUUUACUGACUGGAAGAGACACUGUAGAGCAUUUGAGCACGCUGGAGGAGGUACUCAGGCGACUGGAAGAGGCAGGACUGCGACUGCGCAGAAGCAAGUGUGCAUUCUUGCAAGACCAGGUUGAGUACUUGGGUCACAAGAUUGAUGCUGAAGGCCUGCACCCAGUGCUGAGCAAGGUAACAGCCAUCGAGGAAGCUCCACCUCCAACCACAGUGACUGAGCUGAAAGCAUAUCUUGGCCUUUUAAACUACUAUAAUAAGUUCCUUCCUAAUCUCGCCACACGUCUAGCACCAUUACACAGAUUGUUAAGAAAAGACAUUCAGUGGACUUGGAAGAAAGAACAAGAAGAUGCGUUUUGUUUGUCUAAACAGCUGCUGAAAUCAGCACAAGUCCUGGCUCACUAUUCAGCAGACAAAGAACUUGUGCUGGCAUGCGACGCCGUGCUGUCACACAUCAUGGAAGACGGAAGUGAAAAACCCAUAGGCUUCAUGUCACGCACACUGACACCAGCUGAACAGCGUUACUCACAGCUCGACAAGGAGGGGUUAGCCAUCAUAUUCGGAAUCAAGCGAUUUCACAAGUAUAUCUAUGGACGAAGAUUCACGAUCAGCACUGAUCACAAGCCAUUGAUCUCGCUUUUCCAUGAAAAGAAGCCGGUGCCACAGAUGGGGUCACCAAGAGUGCAACGGUGGGCAAUACUUCUGAGAGCGUACGAGUACAAUAUGGUGUACAAGCCAGGCAAAGACCACGCAAACGCAGACGCAUUGAGCAGGCUACCACUGCCACACAUUGAAGAGGAGGAUGACACAGGACAGGUCCUCAUGCUGGAUGUGGUGGAAGACCCACCAAUCACAACAGCCCAAGUGAAGCAGUGGACUGCGAAAGAUGAAAUAUUAUCACAAGUGCUGUUGUGGUGUUUGCAUGGCUGGCCAAAGGAGGUGGCUUCAAUGUUCAAGGCCUACAGCCAGAGAAGGCUUGAACUCAGUGUCAGAGAUGGAUGUGUGCUCUGGGGAGCGAGAGUGGUUGUUCCAAAGAAGGGGAGGGCCACCCUUUUAAAACAUCUACACUACACACACCCAGGCAUCUCCAGGAUGAAGGGCUUGGCACGUUCAUACGUGUGGUGGCCAGGUAUGGAUGCUGACAUAGAAAGAGAAGUACAGUCCUGCCACACAUGCCAGGAAAACAGAAAGGCUCCAGCUGCAGCUCCUCUCCAUCCCUGGGAGUGGCCAGAGACACCCUGGAAUAGAUUGCAUGUUGAUUAUGCCGGCCCUCACUUAGGCAGGAUGUUUCUUAUCGUGAUCGAUGCGCACUCAAAAUGGCUUGAUGUGUAUCCAACAAGUAAUGCAACAAGCAAAGUCACCAUUGAAAAACUCAGACAGUGCUUUAGCACACAUGGCCUGCCUCAGACAAUAGUAUCGGACAAUGGCACAUGCUUCACAAGCCAAGAGUUUGAAUCAUUCCUGAAACAGAAUGGUAUACAGCACAUAACAUCUGCACCCUUUCACCCGGCAUCAAAUGGCCUAGCCGAAAGAGCCGUGCAAACGUUCAAACAAGGAAUUAAGAAAACAAAAGGAGAUACUUUGGAAACCAAAAUAGCAAGAUUUCUGUUCAAUUACAGAAUAACACCCCAAAGUACGACUGGCUUGUCUCCAGCUGAAAUGCUGAUGUCUAGGAGACUGCGGUCCACACUGGAUCUUCUGCUGCCCGAUGUGAAGUCAAAGAUUCAAAAGAAACAACUCAAACAGAAAGCACAACAUGACUUACACGGCAAAUGGAGAAGCUUCUCUCCUGGUGACGACGUGUACAUCCGAAACUAUGGUCACGGACCAAGGUGGGUCCCAGCCGUCAUUGAGAUGAACACAGGGCCUGUCUCCUACACAGUGCAGACAGGAGAUGGACGCGUCAUGAGACGUCACGUGGACCAUAUCCGUAAACGUCACGCGUCGAUGACAGAGACAUCCAUGCCUGACAUUAUCACAACGAGUCUUCAUAAAUAA